AGUCUUAGCCCUAUUGCUUUUAUCAGAGCAUAAGACGUGUAUGGAAUAGCGCGUUUGCUCGAUAGUUUUUGUCAUUUAAAAUAGUGUAUAUGAUCAGGUUAACUUGCAUACUAGUUUUCUACAAAAAGGGUCUACUUCACAUUCGCCGGCUAGACCACGUGACUACGUAUUGGCCAUUUAAUUUAAAACAAUGACACCUAUUAGUGUCGUUUUUUCGUUCAGCUGUGAUUUGUUGUGGUGCAGAGAAAAGGCCAGUGGAUAGUUAUCUUAAUUUGAAAGAUAGGUGAUGCAGUGUUCUGUUUACCGAAUUGAAGCGCACAGGGUGGAAGUAAGCCCCUGACAACAUGAUUCCUUCAACCCUGCCUGUGGUCCACUGCUGUUGUCACAGGAAGAUCUGGUUGCACUCAGCAGCAGGUGGGGGCCACCUCUCCCUCUUUCUCCUCGUUCCAGCCCAUCCUCAUCUUCAGUUUGCAGAGUAUAGACCGUUUCACCAUGAAUAGAUACGCCACGCUCAGGCAGCUUGGGGAUGGCACCUACGGCUCGGUCAUCCUCGGGCGAAGCCUGGAAUCAGGGGAGCUUGUCGCCAUAAAGAAAAUGAAGAGGAAGUUCUAUUCCUGGGAUGAGUGUAUGAACCUCCGAGAGGUUAAAUCUUUGAAGAAACUCAACCAUGCUAAUGUGGUUAAACUGAAGGAGGUCAUACGGGAGAACGACCAUUUAUACUUUGUGUUUGAGUAUAUGAAGGAGAACCUGUAUCAACUCAUGAAAGACAGGACUCGACUGUUUCCAGAAUCUGCAGUGAGAAAUAUCAUGUUCCAGAUACUGCAGGGGCUUGCAUUCAUCCAUAAACAUGGAUUCUUUCACAGGGAUAUGAAGCCUGAGAAUCUUCUUUGUAUGGGCCCAGAGCUGGUGAAGAUAGCUGAUUUUGGCCUGGCUAGGGAGAUCAGAUCCCGACCACCAUACACAGAUUACGUCUCCACUAGAUGGUACAGAGCUCCAGAGGUUCUCCUCAGGUCGACUUCCUACAGCUCGCCCAUUGACCAGUGGGCUGUGGGCUGCAUCAUGGCUGAACUCUACACUCUCAGACCUCUGUUUCCAGGCUCCAGUGAGGUGGACACCAUCUUUAAAAUCUGCCAAGUUUUGGGAACACCAAAGAAGAAUGACUGGCCUGAAGGCUAUCAGUUGGCGACAGCCAUGAAUUUUCGCUGGCCUCAGUGUGUGCCCAGCAACCUAAGGAGUCUUAUCCCCAAUGCCAGUCCAGAGGCCAUCCACAUCAUGAGAGACUUACUCCAGUGGGACCCCAAGAAGAGGCCUGCCUCUGGACAGGCCCUCAGGUACUCCUACUUCUAUGUGGGCCAGGUUUUGGGCACCCCCCAGCAGAUCCUGGAGCAGGGCAGACCACAGCCAGCCACCCUAGCGUCACACCCACCCCCACUUUCACAGCAACCAAUGCAACAACAACAGCCACUGCUGCUCAAACCGGUGCCCCCUCCCCAGCCGCCGCUACCAAAUCAGCGCUGCUCCCCGUCCAGGCCUCUUCAGCAGAUCCAGUCUGCUCCAUUUCCAUCCCCCUACCUGGCCCCAAUGUACCAAAGGCACUUGGAUUUGGCGAGAGAGCAGUCCAACCGUACUGUGAAGCAGGAGGAGACAGAGGGAGCUCUACAGGUCCGUCUCCCUUAUAUUGUUGACAAGAGCAUGCAGAGCCAGGAAUCUGAGAACGCCAACUUAUUGACCUACCAACUGAAGCCCAAGGGCAGCCGACGACGCUGGGGCCAUGGCACCGGCCACCGGAAAGGGGAUGACUGGGACGACUUUGAGGACACUGAGCUAACAUCACUCAGUGUCCUCAGCAAAACCAAUUUCUCCACUGAGAAGCGAAGAGAGGACAUGUUGAGCAGGUAUGGAAAUGUUUUGGAUUUCAGCCAUCCUAAUGGCAAGGAUGACUCACCCUUAAAUCUGAAUAAGACAAUGUCUUAUCAGGAGCCUUCAAGAACCGCCUCAGCCAAACAGCAUUACUUGAAGCAGUCAAGAUAUUUACCAGGGAUCAGUACAAAAAAGGCAAUACGUUCAAACAAAGACUUCAGUAGUGGAAACCUAUGGGGCAGUAGCAGCAUGCCAGUUGGAGGAACUCUACCAAACAGAAGUACUCAUGGUUCAAACACACUACCUAGUGGUAGUGUACCAUCCUUCUACAAGAAAGAGGUUGGAUCAGCUGGUCAGAGAGUUCAACUGGGACCUGUAGUGGACUCAACAGCAUCAAAUUAUGCAACCUGGAGGUCUACCAGAAGUCAGAUGAGCUCCUCAUCAUACACCACUUCACCCACCAAGAGCACCCCUGGCCAGCGACCUCUGCCCCCAAUACAGUCUAUCCACGGACGCACGGACUGGUCUGCCAAAUACGGACACCGCUAGUGAUUUCUUUGGGGCACUUGUUUUUAUUACAGCUGGGAUCAGAUGUCUGUGAGCUCCGGAUGAGUCUACUACAAAUGUCAAUAUUAAACCAUGUAUAUACAUGUUAUGCAGCAAUAACGUGUGUGUGUGUGUGUGUGUGUGUGUGUGUGUGUGUGUGUGUGUGUGUGUGUGU